GUGCCCUCCCACCCGAACACGGUGAAGACGACGCUAUCUUUCCUCCGACACCGAGAAUUGACUGGUGCGCUUGAGCGGUCUACAUUCCGGAGUUACCCCAUUGAUAUCAACAAUAUUAUACCAAAGCUCUUAAAACGUCAAUAGUUUGCGGAGUAUUUCCAGCGGACGUGGAACACCAGUUGUUACCUCCCCUUAAUCAUUGAUAUUACUACAAAUAAUGGGAGGAAAGAGAGCGGAGUGGUCGAACCCUGUGGAGUUUAUUUUGACUUGUGUGGGGUUUGCUGUCGGUCUGGGUAAUGUCUGGAGAUUUCCCUACUUAGCAUUUAGAAACGGAGGAGGGGCUUUUCUCAUCCCGUACUUCAUCUGUCUGGUGUUCAUUGGAAUCCCCCUGUUUUAUCUAGAAAUCGCAUUUGGACAGUUUGCCAGUCUCGGACCCGUUAACAUAUGGAAAAUAAAUCUUUUGAUGAAAGGAUUGGGGUUUGCCAUGAUAACAGUAUCAAUGGGGAUAGCCCUGUAUUAUGUGGUCAUUAUUGCUUGGUGCUUGUACUACUUCUUUGCUUCGAUGACGUCAUAUCUACCGUGGCAAGAUUGCGACAACAACUGGAAUACCUGUCUGUGUCAAGACGGAAAACGGAAUUUUUCACUGCCUGAUCCCUGGCUUGGAGCACGCAAUGAGUGCUUGACUUUUGAUUAUCCUGUAAACACAACCGGAGUUUCUGUCAGUGAAGAGUAUUUCAGACGUCGGGUUUUGGAGAUCACGGACGGAUUCGAGUCCACCGGAGGUGUGAAAUGGGACGUAACUCUGUGUAACCUUCUAGCCUGGACGAUAAUUUUUAUAGUAUUGUCCAAGGGUAUCAAAACACUUGGAAAAGUUGUGUACUUUACAGCUAUUUUCCCAUACGUUUUACUCACAGCUCUUCUCAUCCGGGGACUUACACUAGAUGGUUACAAACAAGGAAUAGAUUUCUACUUAACUCCCGAUUUGGAUAAACUCACGGAUGCCAGCGUAUGGUCGGAUGCUGCAGUCCAAAUUUUCUACUCGCUCAGCGCUUGUCAGGGAGGACUUAUAGCAAUGGCCAGCUUCAAUAAGUUUGAUAACAAUGUUCUGAGAGAUACGUUUUUGGUGCCAUUAAUUAAUUGCCUAACGAGUUUUUAUGCGGGUUUUGUCAUCUUCUCAGUUUUGGGAUUUAUGGCAUACGCUAAAGGCGUCACGGUUCCGGAAGUGGCCAAGGGAGGUCCUGGUCUUGUGUUCAUUGUCUAUCCGGAGGGAUUGGCUCAAAUGCCGGUAGCGCCGUUAUGGUCAAUAUUGUUUUUCUUCAUGAUGUCGACUUUAGGGUUUAGCUCAGCGUUCUCCAUUGUUGAAACGGUAAUGACUGGUCUUCUGGAUGAAUUUCCGGCCCUCUCUCGAUCAAAAUGGCGAGUUCUGGGUUUCCGGUUUGGAAUCUGCAUGACAGGGUUUCUUUUGGGCUUGCCUAUGACAACUAGAGGAGGUGAUUACAUGCUGACUCUGGUGGACAAUGCUGUCGGUGGAUUCCCGCUGCUGUUUGUCGGAUUCUUUGAGCUGAUUCUCUUAUGUUACGUGUAUGGAUUCUUCAGAUUUAAGCGGGACAUUGAGAUGAUGAUUGGUGACCGACUCUGUGUCAAGCCCUGCUUCUGGUAUUUUGGAGCCUGUUGGUUGCUUAUUUCUCCGUUGGCGCUAUUGGCUGUAAUUAUCUUUAAAAUUGCCCAAACGAAACCUCUAGAAAGUGAUGGAUAUUUAUACCCAGACAGUGGUCAGGUGAUCUUCUGGUUAAUUCAAGUCACGUGCUUGAUUGGAAUUCCUGGUUGGUUUAUAUACUACAGCUGUAAAAAGGGGCUUGGAAAGCCAACAGAAGACUGGGGACCCGCCUUACCUGAGAACAGAACAGGUCGUUAUUCCGUCGCUUUCAAUGACAUCACUUCAAAUGGAUCCGCCCCUGCAAACGAUUACUCUGUUGACAUGAUGAAAAUGCAAUCCAAAGAAUAUGAUAAUAAAGCUUACGUAAUAGAAGCAGGGGACACAACUGCCACAAAGUUCUAAUAAGUCACCCAGAAUUAAAAAAACAAACUGUUCUCUGUCUCCGUGACCCUCUUAAUUAAUCGUGAUUAGGAUCAAAGGACUGAAUGCGGAGACGUGGAAAAUUCAGCUUUAUUUACAGAGCGCGAUUAUAACAAUAUGCCUGUCAUUUAGAAGUAUUUUACCAGCAAUAUCCUUCUGAAUGAAACAGAAGGCAUUUAAGGAAAUCAAAAUAAAAGCAGGUGUAACAUAUUCAUUUACCAAAGGGAAGUAGAUCUUGACAUUAUUGUAUAAACUUUUAAUAGUUAUUAUACAUUUAUAAUCAAGUUAUAUAUACUGAGUGUGUUCCAUGUAAAUAAAAUUAAAGUACUUUC